AUGAUCAGCAAUCAGGAUAAAACAAACCAAGUAUAAUUGGAAUUACACUUAGUUAUUAGAAAAUAUUGAACUCUAGAAAAUAUUGUACUCUACCUGCAAAAAAUAUUCUGGAAACUAUGAAAAAUGAUUCCAGAAAUGCUAGGAAACAAAUACAAUAUAUAUAGAUAUUUAUCAGCUUGUAUGAAAUCAUGGAAUAAUUUCAUUUCAAUCAUUUCAAGAUAGAAUUUCUGCUGCAUAACGGUGACGAGUCUCCAUUUACUGUCUGCCAGAUAAUCGUUGGUAGACGAUAUUUCUGGCACACUCGAUCAACUUUGCCAGUAAUUUCAAGAGAGAACGGGGAAUGCAGAAACUCGGAGGCCUACAAGAGUUAGGAGUGGCCGUGCGAAGUAGUCGUGGCGUCUUUGCUAUGUAAAUGAAUGUGGAACGAAGAAGUUUCUUGUGCUCCUUUCUGCAAAAACGAUGUCGUCGUGACCAUUAGCAACUAUCGAUGACCAUAAAUUGUUAACACAAUAUCCCUUUUAUUGUCACGGAAUCGUUUAAUUACAUUUUGUAUUUUACCUAAUUAAAUUAAACAGCGUUUCUAUGUUUUACCAAAUAUAACCAAAGAAACGCCAAAUGGAAAUUUAUUCAUGAUAAAUACUGUAUACUGAAUAUUUAUUAUUUCCUGUAAAAGUGUAUAAAUAUUCACAAUCUACUAAUAAUAUAGAAAAAUGAAGAAACAAUUUCAUGUUUAUGUUUUAUAGAGAAAUUAUUUUAUUUUUGGAUAAUAAUAUGAAACAUAAAAAUAUAGCUAGGAAUAAUAGAUAUUUUUAUUUAUAUAUCACACGUAUUAUAUGUAAAUUAACUUAUACUCUUGUACAUUAUA